UUAGGUUGUAGAGGGUACGAUCAUGGCGAUGUUUCGGAGUUUGGUCUCCGGCAGUCAGGCGAAACAUACGUCGGCAGCGCCGGGGGAAAACUUGGCGGAUUCGUAUAGCUGUCCUAUCUGCCUGGAGGUCUACCACAAGCCGGUGUCCAUAGCCAGCUGCGGACAUGCGUUUUGUGGGGAAUGUUUGCAACCCUGCCUCCAAGUGGUAUCACCUCUCUGUCCACUUUGCCGCAUGCCAUUCGAUCCAAAGAAAGUGGAAAAGGCCUCUAAUGUGGAGAAACAACUCUCUUCUUAUAAGGCUCCCUGUCGAGGAUGCAAUAAAAAGGUGACUCUGGUAAAAAUGCGAACUCACAUUUCCUCUUGCAAUAAAGUUCAGGAGCAGAUGGAUAACUGCCCAAAGUUUGUACCAGUUGUACCUACCACACAGCCCAUUCCCAGCAAUAUUCCAAACCGUUCCACAUUCAUCUGCCCGUAUUGUGGCGCACGAAACCUUGACCAACAGGAAUUAGUCAAACAUUGCAUGGAAAAUCAUCGUAACGAUCCCAACAAAGUGGUAUGUCCAGUUUGUGUGGCAAUGCCUUGGGGAGAUCCAAGUUACAAGAGUGCCAACUUCCUUCAGCACCUGCUUCACAGGCACAAGUUCUCCUAUGAUACAUUUGUGGAUUACAACAUUGAUGAAGAUGCAGCAUUACAUGCAGCAAUAGCACUUUCACUCACAGAGAAAUGAAGCAACUGCCUGCACAGAGAUCUAAACAGACAUCCUUUGUACAGGUCACCUUCUGUCAUCUGGUGAAGAGAGUGGCAACUUCCCAGCAUUCUGUAGGGUACUAUCAUCCUCUGCACACGUCACCUUUUCUCAUCUGGGCAAAAAUAGUGUCUUCGUCCCAACAUUCAGUAAGGUGCUGUGUUCCUUGGCACAGGUUAUUUUUCUCACCUGUGCAAAGAGAUUGCCAAUUUCUUAGCAUUUUGACAGAUACUAUCAUCUUCUGCACAGGCCACCUUCUCUAUCUGUGCAUAGAUAGUGCUCAAUUCUUAGUAUUCAAUAGGGUGCUAUUAACUGCUGAAUAAGUUAACUUCUCGCACCUAGGCACAGAUCACAUUCACUUUGCAUUGGAGAGAGUUCUGGUAACUCAGUUAGUCAAAUAACCAGUUGUGUAACAAGUUUAUUUGAUAUCAUUAGUGUGUACCUGUACCUUUUGUUCAGUUUAAAUUUGUUCCUACAUUUUUCUAUGUUACAAAUAUUGUACAUUGUGGGGGUGCCUGUGUCAAAGAAUUGUUUGAUUUACAGUUUGUGUUUUUAAUAUUUGAGGUCGUUUUGCAUUGUAAGAGAUUAAGGCAUAUUUUUAAAAUGAUACAGGAAAGACUAGAAUACUAUAGAAUCAAGUGAAGAAACCUUUCACCAGUCCUGUGUAUCAUUUAUGUUGUUGCUAAUCAGAGCUCGAAUUUAACAGUUAGCAGAUGGUAAAUUUAGUGGGAGAUGCUGUAAACAGAGAGGUGGCAGAGGGGCUUGGAUUUUGCAGUUGCCGUUAUAACUAAAUUGUCAACAUUCAGUGUCAAUAUAACUGUGAAACUAUCAGCAACUACUGGUGUUGCCACAUUUGUAGCUAAAUGUGGGAAAUCCAGAAGCUGCUGUCAGUGAUUUCCUCAUUUUUCUACAGGGCACACUGUUAGAGAGAAAGCUUCAGAGCCCACUUUAGAAAUUACGUGAACUCACACUUUUAUGUUAUUGAUCCUGCUGUAUAAAUAUUGCUAAAGUUAUACCUUGUGAAAUAAUGUGCAAUUGGCUUAUUUUUGAUGUACUCAGUUCAUAGUCAUUGCUGAACGCCUUCUCUGGCCUGAAAAAUACUCAUGGAAAUGUUCAAUUUAUCCAUUAUAUAAAUUAUAGACAUGUGAAAUAAUUGUUUUUUUUAAGUUUAUAUUUCAGCCUCCAGUUUAAUCUCAUGUGUAUAUAUCAACCUUCAUUUUGUCAUUGAUAAAUUGAUUGGAAAGUAAGGGAUAAUUACAGGGUUUGCUGCCUGAGAGAAUUUCUGUGUGAUAGCCUACUUGGUGUCAUCACUACUUUUGAUUGUUGGAAGUGUCUUCAAGUUAACAGUGAAAGGAAUGACAACAAAAGGCAGAUCUAGCUGUAUAAGUUGUUACAUCUUUUCCAAUGGCAAGGGACAUGCUUUGGUCAACCAGUUACAAAGUCCAGACCAGUGUGUUUUGUAUAUGCCUGUGUCUGACUAUAUAUAGCCAUCUACAGUGGAUAAUGUAUUCUCAGUUUCAUAUUUAGCCUAUUUACUGUAAUCUAUUGAAAAUAUGUUUAGAAAAUUGGGGACAAAAAUUGAUGGUUUAACUCUAAUCCGUACUGGCUUGUGUAUGAAUUACUAGAUGCUAGAAUUUUAGAGGUUCUUGAGAAUAUUGUCUGUCUUAUCUAAUUCUUUGAGGUAACACAUUAUUACAAUUAAUUCUCUACCUCAGAAGAAGUAUGUAUUUUACAGCAUUCUAAUUGGCUCAAUAAGGUUCAUAAGAAUUGCUUUAAAAUGGGACAGGCUAGGUAUUCUUAACUAUUUAUGUACCGGAUAAGUACAAAGUGCUGGCUUUUCCAGCAACAGACACACAGAGAUACGCAGGGUCACACACACAACAAUAAAAAAAAUGCAGUGACAAAGAACUUUUUUUCCAUAAAUAAGAACAGAAGGUGUUGGAGAGGUUCAAUGAGCUUGGCAGCAUCUCUGGAAAUAGAAAUAGAGUUAACAUUUUGAAUCCAAUUUCUUCUUCAGUGUGUAACAGAUGGUGAGGGUGCCCAGAGAAAAAGACAAAAGGAGUGCUAAUAGUAGUAAAGGAGCGAUCUAAAUACAGAACAAGUGCAAAUAGGUUGGUUUUGCUGAAAGCAAAUCUAUGCAAACAAGAUGCUGGUGGGAAGGGAUGGAUAAUCAAAAUGAAGGACAGGGUUCAUGCACUGAAGUUGGUGAACUCAGUGUUGAAUCCAGAAGUCUCUGAACUUCACUGGAACCCUGCAGAUCUAGGACAGAAAUGUUAGCAUGAGAAUAAGAUGAUAUAUCAAAACGGUAUGGAACUGGAAAAUUGGGGUUGACAGAACAGAGUAUAUUGUGCAAUGUGGUCACCAAUAAAGAAGAGCCUGCACUGUGAGCAGCAAAUUAACCUCUCUUUUCAUAUAGUCAUCAAGGGGUUAUGUAGGUCUAUUUGCUCUUUGGCCCUAAGCUCAGUUGUAGCCCUCCAGUGAUGUUUGAAGAUAAUUACACCUGUUGAUAUAUUCUUAAUUCUCAGAAGAUUGAUGCUGUAAAACUGUUGAGCACUUUGAAUUACAUGCCAAAGAUGCAAAUUGGUGAUUUGGUAAUUACAUGAGACAUUUUAUUUGACAUCACACUAUGACAGUAUGGACUGAUUAGCAAAUACGUUUUGCCUUAUUUUCAGAGCAUAGUACAGAGAAAUGUUACAUGUACUGUACACAAUUUUGAGAUUUUCAACAUACCUCAAAACCUCAAAAUAAAAGAGGAUUUUAAUCAAGUAAAUUAGCAUAGCCCUUUCACUGAAAAAAUAUCAGGGGCAACAUUGAACAGGAUCUGAAAAUGAACAGAAGGAUUGCAAUUCACGAAUUUCCCUGAGGCCAUUGCUUCCACCUCAGGCUAUGUGCAAAUUCUGUACGCUUAAAUAAUUACAGCAUGCAGCCAAGGCUAAGCAUAUUAAGUGGCUGUAUGUCUGAGCAGAGGAUUCAAAAUCACAAGAGGAUAGUAUGAGUAAAAGCUAGGCUAUCCUACUUGACACAGGUGUGCACUUAGUAUUACAGAAUCUCUACAGUAAGGAAAGAGGCCAUUUGGCCCAUUGAUCCUAUACCAACCCACUGAAGAACACUGCCACCCUAUCCCCAUAAUCCCAUAACCAACCUAACCUGCACGUCUUUGGAUGCUGGGAGGAAACCAGAGCACCCGCCGGAAACCUGUGCAGACACAGGGAGAGCAUGCUAACUUCACAGACAACUACCAAAGGCUGGAAUCAAGCCUGGGUCCUUGGUGCUGUGAAGCAGCAGUACUGACCACUGAGCCACCCUUCUUUAAAGGGAGGUGCAUGUGGCUGACACAGUUGCUGGAAUUUGUUUAACAAGGGAUUUUUGACGUGGCAAACACUCAAUAUUGACAUUUGGUGACAGAAAGUGGGUUCCAAGAUUUGCUGAUGCUGAACAGAAGGCCUUUAUAGAGAACAGGAACAAUGCGAAUUUUUGAUAGGACUCCUAAAGCUCUCAAAACAAACUUUGCAAGGGCAAUUGGACCAGAUUGCUGUGGAGGUCAAUGCCAGGAGUCAAUAAACUGGCUUCAGUUCCAAAAGGGAACAUGUAAUGACAUCAAACCCUGGAUAUAUUCAAAUACUAGACCAAAUCACAGAGGAGCUGGUGUCUGGCAAUCUGUGCUUCACACACACUGCUGAGAUGCCACCCCAGUGGUGUGGCAGUUCUUCUGUAUAGAACAGAUCUAUUGUCCUAUCUCCAUGAUGAUAGCUAACAUCCUCAGAUCCUUGUCUCCUUGCUUGUUGACAGUCAAUCCACCAGGCAGACUGCACUGACCCAAAGCUAGAACAGAAAAGGCCAAAAACUGCUGAAGCUCUUGCUGCCAAUCCCUCUGCAAUGUCAUCACUGAAAUACAACCAUUUUGCACCAAACAUGCAGCAGCCAGAGUUAACAAUGUCUUGGACUCCUAGGACAAAGAAAGAUGCAAGAAAAGUCAGCACCUAACAGAAUGCACAAGGGAAAUUAAUCUGGCAUGGUUUAAUUUAUAAAUUUAGUUUGGAACAUUUAAUUUGCAUUAUACCAGGCAGGCACUGUGAUGUUAUGCUCAUUGGUAGAGGGAACAUCAGAUACAAGACUGUUGGUGAAUGGGGAAUUGGGCUGGUGAUUACUGGUAUCACAAACUACUGAUACUGUAUUAGUGGUCGCUGUUUUUCUUUUGCUGCUCCACCAUCUCACUGGUGUACAUUUUACCCAUGGCAUGGGUUAUAUUCUAAUGAUGAUGAGGAUGUGCUCCUUGUAGCAUUUUGCUGAGUUCCGCUAAUCUCUCCCACAGAGGUCCAAACUCUAGUGGCAUUGGGUUGAAUUUUCCUGCUCAUGUGAUGAUAAGCUUGGAGGUUGGGAAUCCUGGAGAAAUGGGGAGAGGUACAUUGAGACAUACCUGCAUCAACAAGUUAAUCUUAUAGAUAGGUAAGAACCAGGAAUGGCUGACUGCCCUAUUGAACUGACCAAUAAAUUGGCUUGUUCGCAGACCCAAUUUUCCAAGCAUUCAGGCAUUCUACAGCUAGUAGCACAGUUCCCCCCCCUGACCCUUUGCUACAUAUGGGGGAUAUUCAAUAAAAGAGACUAAACUGAGCCAGGCCAAGAGCUAUUGGUGAAUCAUGCACCAAAGAGUAGACCACCAGCAAAUGGUCCAACAUGCUGCCCCAAAACUAUACCUCAGGUGGAUAGUGGUUUUGCCACUGGUAUUUUAACUUAGGCCGCCUCCAUACUGAAACACUCUUACAGUGCCCACUUCUCCUGCUAGUGUUGCCGUGAACUCAAAGCUGUGGCUCCUCUGUUUGGGCUAGUGGAUCAGGAACCUGUAUGUGAUCCAUAAUCGGAUGGUGAUGGAGGCAGCCACAUGGGAAGAUUAUAUCAUUGAAUGCUUUCCCGGGCUCUGGCCUCCAUUUGAUCCUGAAUCAAGUUCCCAGAGCUCAUGGGAAAACAAGGUUCCUGUACAGCAAGGUAUUUUCAUGCAAGCUGCUGAUUUGAGCUAUGGUUGUGCAAUAAUUUGUUAAAUAGUGGCCAUCCCUUGGUUAAUAAAACUCAGACCAAUGGCAAGUGGACUUCUGCAGAAUAAAGCCAUCAAGGCCUCAAUUGUAUGAGGACUGGGGGUACUGCUCAUUCAUGGGAAGAACUAUCAGUCCCAAAAAGAUUGACCACUGAACAAGGUCUCCCCACAGCUAUAAAUUUGUCCAGACAGCCUUGAUGAAUGAGGGUCUGACCUCUGUGCGUCAUUGGUAGGAAUCUUGCUCUCAUCAGCUGUCAAGUUGGCUGGCAGUUCUAACAGUGCCAGCAGUGCCAGAUCCCAGUAAUGGGCACAAGUGGAACUGUAAAUAAGUCCAUAGUUGGAAAAAAAAAUCAAUCCCAGAGAGUGGUAAAUUGGGCCAUUGCAUGGAGGGAUCAGGGAAUUGAAAGGGCUGAUGAUUUGGGCUUCUGGCACAGAUUUUAUUUGCCUGUUUUAAGACCUUUUUCGGUGGGCGUUGGGGUUGAGGGAAUGUUUUGUGAUGUUCAACAGAUACCAGUUGUGUUCAUAACUUGGUCUCCCCUAUCAUGGGCCUGUGCCAACUGUAUUUUAGUUGCUUAACAUUUGAGUCAAAUGGUUUGUUGACAAGCUCAAAUAUGCAAUAGUUUCCUUCCUAAAGGUGGCAGUCUAUCAAUUUUAAAGUUUCUUGCAUUUGUCAGUGCAGCAGACAUUGUAUCUCACACUUGACCGGUGCCAUGCAGAUGGUGGACAGGCUUUGAAGGAUCAGGACGGAAUUCCUGGUCUCUGAUCUGCUGUUGUAGCUGCUUUUAUUUAUUAUUGGCCCAGUUAAAUUUCUGGUAGAUGGUUAAACUCCCCAGGACUUAGAAGUUGAUAGUGGGGGACAAUGUCCCUUUAAACUAUGGGGAAGUGUCACAAAUGCCAGUUGAUGUGCUGACACAAUUUAGUCAUGUUAAUGAGGUCACAACAGUUAAAUUCUGUUUUCUUGGAGAGGGUCAUUACCUAAUAGUUCUGUGGCACAAACCUACCACUUUAUCAGCCCAAGCCUGAAUGCCAUCUUGACAGAUUAAUGUGUUCCCCAUUUGCAUCAACUUGUUCACACUUAUAAAUGUUGUAGUAUUCCUUAUAGAACUUCAGUAUUUGUAUUUCAAUGUUUAGUAUAAGUUAUUUUAAUCUUGUAUUGCUGUCAUUGUUACUGAUGACAUUACUUCUGUGACAAUCAUAUUUUUGUAAUAUUUCUGGUUACUGCACUUUCCAAAGUGAACCAGUGAGCUAUGCAUAUUUUACCCACUUGCACAUUUUUUCAUCACAAAUUAAGUAUGUUCUUUCAAAACUGUUGAGCUUGUUGAAUUGGUAGUAAAUUCAAUAUCUUCACUCAUUGCAUUAAAAUAUGUAUCACCACAUUUGUUGCAUUUUUGUGAAAGGUCUAACAUGAAGAGUCAAAGAAGAAUACAGCUUUACCUGCAUAUUAACUGUUGCAAUUUAGCUACAGGUCACAGCUAUCCCUUUGUACCUCAGACUUCUGUAAUCUCUUUCCACAUAAGUAAUAUUCUUCAUUUCUGUUCUUCUUGCCAAAGUGGACAAGUUCUGUCAUUUCAACUAUUUUAACCUCUAGCCUUACCUAAUGAUGCAUGUUUAAGUUUGUUCGUUUUAUUCCUUCCUGUCCCACUCUGAUCGUUAUUUCUCUUACUGCUUCCUUACUCUCUUGCCUUAUCUAUUUAAUUAACACGUCUCCCUAAACAUUUUUUUUAAAUAUUUGUUCCUCAAAUGUAGUUGUUACAAGGAAGCCCAAUGUUUAUUGCUCAUUUGUAACUCUCCAGAAGGCAGUUCAUAGUCAACCACAUUGUUGUGGAUCUGGAGACACAUAGGCCAGACUGGACAAGGACAGCAGAUUUCCUUUUCGAAAUAACAUUGGUUCACUAAUGGGGUUUUACAACAAUUAACAGUGAUUACAUAGUCACCAUUAGGGUAGCUUUAAAUUCAAGUGUGCACUAAUGUAUGUAGUAUUACAGUGUACAUAAUGCAUGUAGUUUUAGUUCUCUGCUUAUCCCGCUGCUAUUUGAAAAUCAAGGACCAUUUAUUUGAAAAGUGGACUUAGUUGGUGAGCUCAGAAAAAAGGAACUCAUCAACUUCCAGUUCUCUCUCAAAUUUUCCAAAUGCAAGUUGCAUUUAUUUUACUUUUUUUUUCAGAAAGGAAAGCGUAAGAAAGCAAUUAUUAUAACUAUUUUAGCUUGAGAAGAUUGAGUAUGUCACCUUUGCUUGACAACAGAGGCAUAUCUGGUUUGAUAGCUGUUUUGGCCAACUUCAUAUUUAAUAUCUCUGCACAUAUAUGGCAUUAAACCAUGUUCGUUUUCAGUCACAGCAAAGAUUAAUUAUCAUGUCUGUUCUCCUUCAAAUUUGGGCUUGUGCUUGAAAGCCCCUACAUGCUUCAAGACUUCUGGGUAAUUUUAUGCUGCUUUCUAGCACAGAGUUGCUAUUAAUGUUAAUUUUUGGUGCCAUCCUUGAUGAAAAUAAACUCUGUUAAGUGGUGGGAUUUUGCAUGCAACAUGUGCAUUCAAAUUCACAAGCCAGUACCUCCGCAGAAUGUAAUCACUGUUUUGCUUUUAUGCCUCAGUGCCUAUGUUCUAUCAUGUCUGACAUGGUUUUGCUUUGGUUAUUUGUAACACCUACAUUUUAUUCAUGAUUUUUUUUUUAAAAAAGAUUCUCAAUUUCUUCCGAUUCUACAGUUCUAUUUCCUAUCAGUCUUUGCGUAAAUAGAGCUUAUAUUCUGGAGAACCCAGCCCACUCAUGCAUAGUAAGGCCCUCUUUCUGGGAACGAUGCUUCAUGUUCUCCAAUCUUGCACAAGCGCAGUAACUGUUUAUAGCCACUUGAGUGCAGGAAAGCUUUGCUGUAAAAUUAGAGUGAGGUUGUGAGAUGAGCCUUAAAUCUGACUGAGAAAACCUAGUAGAGUUGACAUACCUGGAACUGCUUACUAAAUGUAACACCAAAUAGCCAUGUUGGUUGCAGUUGUUUUAUUGAGUCUUAAUUUUGUUUUGUUUUUAAUUGCACAAAGUAUUUUAAGGAAUAUUAAACCCACAAGUGAAUGAAUGGAGUUAGGAUGCAAAGCAACCAUGAUUUAAUUGAAUCGCUGACUUGGCUCCAGGAGGUGAUUGCUUACUGUUAUCCAAUGUUUGUUUUAUUUUUGCAUGCUAGUUCAGUGGUGCUGGAAAUUUCAGAUCCUGAAUUUAUCUAGUCUGGAUCCAAAUAGAUUAGUAGAGUCUGAUUCUUUACCACCAAUCAGAAAAAAUAUCCUACUGGUGAGACAACCUCUUGCAUUAAAUUCGAGCUCUGAAAACAUUCUUAUGUUCGAUUUAUAAUUCUUUGUACUUGUUUUACGUUUAACAAAGCAUGACGUCAUCCUGAUCCAUUCCUUGUAAUCUAUGCUUUCUGAUGGAUCAAUGGGUAUCUCCAAAUAUCUUGAAAUAAUAUGAUUCUUGUAUCUUUAAGAGGGAGCACAAAAGGCCAUUUAGAUACACAAGUCAGAUAAAUCAUUAAGGCAGGAUCCUUCCACAUUAACAACUGGCUGAACCAAAAAAACAACUGAAGCUUAUAAACUGAAUUAAUGUAUAUUUUUAAAGCAACACACUCAUCAAGCUAUUUCUACAGGGUAGUAACUGGAAGAGCAACUAAAACAUGCAACAAAAACCAUUGAGUGUGAUUUGCUUUGGUUUCAGACAUCUUCACUUUCUGUAAGGUUCAGAUAGAAAUGACUGAAAGGGAAAAAGGUCCUUCCUGUCUUGUUAGUUUUGAAAGUCACGAGCUAAUUGAAAUCUAUCAUUUUCAGUGCAUCUACCUAAAUAUUAAUUAACGGAAAUGUCACUGGGCUCAAAAGGCUCGGCUUUGGAUAGCCAGGAUAUAAUGGAAAUUCCAGUUGCUAUGUAUCUCAGAAAUGCUUUUCCAGUAUUUAAAGGUACUACAUUUUAGGAAGAGGUUAAUUAAUGCUUCGUAGUAUGGGGGAAAUACAGCAAUCUAUACGAACGCAAAACAUGUGCGUGAAUAGGUGUAUUUACAUAGAUAAGCAUUUAAUACCCAAAUUCUAAUUGAAAAGUUAGAUUUGGUUUGCAAUACAGUGACUACAGAAAAUGUGACUUUGGUUUGUACUGCCAGUAGGAUUAAAUUCCUCUUCAGUGUUACAUCCUCCACCUUACUGAGCACAAAGAGCGAAAACUUCCAGUUCAUUAUUCUAUAAAAGUGAUUUUGAUGUGGCAAAAAUGAUAUAACUGUUUGAAUGAGAUUUACUUAAUAGAUGUGUGAGGUCAGUGUUUCAAAUUAUUUGGACAACUAGUAGAAUUUUCUGGUGACUUGCAAUUUAUAUUUGCAAAUAUAAAGACAUACAAGAUAAGUUAUUUUUCUUCAAAACGUCUUAAUUUAUUAUUUUAUUUAAACUUUUAACUUCUUAGUUAACUUCCUUGCAACAUUACAUUUUAUGCUUCUAGCUCACUAGCAAAAAUCGAAACGGAAUAUUAGUUACCAGUAACUUUGCUAGCUGCUAGUCUUAUUUUGAACACUGUACGAUAUUGUAUCUGCAUAGAAAUUGUAAUGCAAGUUUUUAAAAAAGGUUUUCCCCAUUGUUAUGGUCAUGCAAUUACUCAUGCAGUUCUGAGUUUUAAAUCAGCACAUAUCGAUAAUUUAAAUUUCUGACGCCUUUGCAUCUAAUGUAAGUCAAGUUAUAAUACAUAGGCAUGUAUAAAGUAUCAUCUGGGACUAGCUAAUGACAAUAAUUAAGUUUGCUUGAUGCCUGAAUUCAUAAAGGCAUUCAUAAAAGUUAGUUUUUUGGUGUGGUUUCUUUACUUAUUCCAGUUCAGUUACAACCCUGCAACUGCAGAGGUGAGAGAUACAGAUUCCACAUUCUUCCAUCAAGCUGCAAAAAAUAACUGUAGAAAACUUAAGCUAUAAUACAAACCUUGUCUAAUUUUCUAAUAUUUUUAAUGUACUACAGUGCACAUUUUCAAAUUAGUUUUUUAGAAAUUGUUUGUUGCUGUGU